AUGAACUAUGACUGCACUGCAGAGAAAUCAGCACUACGUCAUGCGAAAACGUGCUCUGGUGAGCUGUCAGAACGAUCGACUCGCCCCGGAUACAAGGAGAAUAUCGUCAAACUCAACAAGAAUUACCUAAACGACACAGACAUUGCCAAGCAUGCAUCGUUCAGAUGGUGGAAGGAACUAUCACUGUAUGGAGUUAACGUUGAAAUGCGGUUCACUUCGGCAGUACGCUACCGUGAAACCAGAAUUGUCACCCAUUUUACUAAGAUGGCCUGGCACGACAACGUGAGACUCGGAUGUGGCCAUCAUCGAUGUGACGGUUUCAUAUUUGCUGUCUGCCACUACGGACCUGGGUAG